ACGCGAGCACAUAAUUCUGAAUUUCUGAUUUCUGAUUCGCACUUGUUCCGGAGCAGCAGCUCUGACUUUAAUGGCUUCUCCAAUCCCAACUGCAUAACCUCUUCUUCCCCCUCCCCUCUUCUCAGUUCUCACUCCCUCCAUUUCUACUAACCCUAGAAUAUUUUCCUUUUCUUUUUAUUUUUUUAUUUAUUUUAUUUCUAAAAGCACCCUCUCUCUUUUCUCUCACUUCAAUCCUUUUCACUUUUGUCUUUCCUUGUCCUUGAUUAACAUCCUUUUUAUUAAUUUAUUUUUUUAACCAAUUAAUUAAUAUUAUUAUAGAUCUCUCUCUAUCUAUCUCUGUAUGUAUGUAUCUAUCUCUUUCUCUCAAAGGGAGAGGAAAAUCUGUAUGGUGUCAGCUUGUGAUUAAGGUUCGGAUGACAUAGAGAGAGUUGGGGGUAGGAGGAAGAAAUAUAAUGUGAAUGGUGGAGUUGGAGAGCGAGCAGUAAGCAAGUGGAGUGGAGUGGAGUGGACUAGUAUGGGGUCGGAGCAAAACAGAUUCCCGCAGCAGGAACGGGAGCGCGAACGGGAACGGCAGAAGAGAUGGGGAGGAUGUUGGGGUGGAUUGUCUUGUUUUGGUACACAAAAAGGUGGAAAGCGUAUUGUACCUGCAUCUCGUAUUCCAGAGGGCAAUGCAUCGGCAACCCAGCCAAAUGGACCUCAAGCAGUUGGGUUGACCAACCAGACCACGGCACUGGCACCAUCUCUUCUAGCUCCUCCUUCUUCACCAGCAUCCUUCACAAAUUCUGCACUUCCUUCAACAGCACAGUCACCCAGUUGUUUUUUGUCAAUGUCUGCCAAUUCACCUGAAGGUCCUUCAUCCACAAUGUUUGCAACUGGACCGUAUGCCCAUGAGACACAGCUGGUUUCUCCUCCUGUUUUCUCAACCUUCACAACUGAGCCAUCUACUGCCCCUCUCACUCCCCCACCAGAGUUGGCUCAUCUAACCACCCCCUCUUCCCCAGAUGUUCCUUUUGCCCAGUUCCUUUCAUCUUCCAUGGAUCUUAAAAGUGCUGGCAAGACAAAUUACAUUGCUGCCAAUGAUCUUCAAGCAACAUAUUCACUUUAUCCUGGAAGCCCUGCCAGUAGUCUCAUAUCACCUAUUUCAAGGACCCCAGGUGACUGUUUAUCAUCGUCUUUCCCUGAACGUGAGUUUCCCCCACGAUGGGAUCCUUCAAUUUCUCCCCAAAAUGCUAAAUAUCCAAGGAAUGGAUCUGGCAGGCUAUUUGGGCUGGAUACAGCUAGUUCCUCCAUCUCGCAAGAUUCAAAUUUCUUCUGCCCUGCCACAUUUGCUCAAUUUUAUUUGGAUCAUACUCAGCAGUCAUAUCCUCCAUUUCCUUCUGGUGGGAGGCUGAGUCUUUCCAGGGAAUCAGAUGUUUACUCUAGUGGUGGAAAUGGGCAUCAGAACAGGCACAACAAGAAUUGUAAGCAAGAUGUGGAGGAAAUAGAAGCUUAUAGAGCAUCCUUUGGGUUCAGCGCAGAUGAAAUUAUCACCACUACUCAAUAUGUAGAGAUUUCUGAUGUAUUGGAGGACUCAUUUACCAUGACACCUUUUACCUCUAAUAAACCAGACAUGGAAGAAAAUGUAGUACCUGCAGUGGUACAUGAAGGACCUAAAGAUCAAACAAACUUGCUGAAUGAGGAAAGCCUUAAAUCAGAAUCAGGUCUGGUGGAUGAGGGGGGAUGCUGUGAAGGGCUUCCCUCAUGCAAAACCUUUGAAGAUCAUAAAUCAGAGAGGCAAUCUGGGAAUGAGUCUGGAUCAAGUACACCUGGUAAGCAUAUUCUGACUGAUGAAGAGGAAAUAUUUCCCAAGGGGGCAUCCAAAAUUGGCAGGAAAUAUCAUCUGGGUUUAUCAAGCUCUGAUGCAGAAAUUGACUAUAGGAGAGGGAGAAGCUUGAGAGAAGGCAAAGGAGAUUUUGCGUGGCAUGACUAGUCACCAAAGCAUUGAAAAAGAUGCUGUUUGUUUCCAAUAUGUAUUAAAUUGCAGGUUUCUUCUUUCAUACAUUUCUGUUUGGGGUUUUCUGUGGUAGGUGGAAUGAUCUAACGUAUGGUCUAACCUGUGUCUCUUUCUCUCCCUCUGGCUCAGAUGUGUGACCCGAUCUCUUUCUGAUUGAUGAAUGUAUUGUCUCCAUAUUUCUAAUUCUGCCUUCUUUCCAAAUUUAAUAUGUGACGCAUUUCAUUAUAUAUUUGGUAAAUGAGGUAUUAUAUGUAGAAUUUGAUGA